AGCAGACGGACCAGGAUCAGGUACAGACCAGGAUCAGGUACAGACCGGGAUCAGACGGACCAGGAUCAGGGGCAGAACGUUGGACCAGGAUCAGGUCCAGGGCUACAGAGACAUGGAUUCCCUCGCGGGUCUCGGCUUCCUGCUGGUGGUUCUGGUCCAGACCUCCGCGGUAACCGGACAGAUUUGUUCAGCUGAAAACCAAGUAAAUAUCGCAGAAAACAAUGCAGUGAAUGCUGUUGUGACAACUAUCACCACCGCUGGACCAGGAGUGACCCUCAGCUUCAGAGAACCCGGUGGAAACCCGGAAAAUGCUUUCAAGCUCGAGGGAAACGGCCUGCUGGCUGCUGUUGAGCUGGACUACGAGGUGAAAACAUCGUACGCAGUUGGGAUCAGAUGCAUUGACACGGAGACAGGAGAACAGUUGUCUAUCGGCAUCGCCGUAAUUGUGCUAAAUUUGAACGACAACCCUCCGGUCUUCAGCCAGAAUCUGUACGAGGUCAGCGUUGAAGAGAUGUCCCGCAUUGGAACGACGGUGGGGCAGUUCCCCGCCACCGACCUGGACAAACCCACCAUCUACUACACCCUGACAUCUGAAUCCAGUGAGUUUAUACUGAAGUCUGCCACCGUCCCAGAGGUCCUCGUUAACGCCGAUCUGGACUACGACAAAGUCAAAAACGUCCAGCUGGUUCUGGAAGCUCAGGACACACUGCCGGGGUCGACUGAUUCUCCGUCCUUCACCGCCACCACGACCAUCUCCAUCACCGUCACGGACGUGGACAACCGGCCGCCCUGGUUCCAGCCCUGCACCUCCUACCCUGUGGGGGGGGUGCUGGUCUGCACGGGCUCCGGGUACACGGGCCGGGUGGUCCUGAACGAACUGAAGGAAGGAGUGCUGCCUUUGACACCUGGACCUGUGUAUGCCAUCGAUGGAGACCAUGGAAUAAAGGAAGCGAUAACAUACUCCUUCCUGAGCGGAAACGAGGAUGGUCUGUUCAUCAUCAACCCAGACACAGGAAACAUCACCAUGACGAGGCCCACCGACGUCCUGUGGGGCAUCAAUCUCACCGUUAUGGCUGCUCAGAGGAUCAACAGCCACCAAUAUGCCACCACCAGUGUGACCAUCAAGGUCGACGUGAAGAGUCUUCAUCCUCCACAGUUCCAGAAGCCGGCGUAUGAAGCCCUGGUCACGGGGGUAGGAACCAUGGCGAUGGAUCCCACCAACAAGGAGCCACUCAUGAUCCUGGCCACAGAUGAGGACUACGCUGCUGCUGGGGGUAUAAAUCCACACAUCAGUUACUCGGUUGUUGGAAGCAACGACUUCUCCAUCAUUAAUGGCUACUUGUUCAUGACCACAGACCUUGAAGAAGCCACACAUAAUCUGGAGAUUCUGGCCACAGACGUGACCAAUGAUGAAACGGGGAGUGCAACACUGGUUGUGGACGUGAACUCAGGUCUCACCACCACCAGUAUCCCCCCCAGCACCACAGACUUUACCACAACCCCCCCAGUGGAGUCCACCACAACCGGCAGCAGCAGCACCACCAGCAUAACCAGUGAGAGCACCAUCUCCACCGCGGCGUCCACUAUGGCCACCGAUACUGCUGUUCCAUCCAGCAGUCCCAGUUUAACCACUGAAGGAAGCACCUUCACCACCAGCGCACAUUUCACAGUGCUCGUCCCCGGAGGUGCGUAUGCGGUGCAGGACAUGGCGGCGCUGGGCGCUUCGUUGGGGGUCCUGCUGUUCGUCUGUCUGGUGGUCAUUGGAGUUCUGGCUCAUCGGAUGAGCAGAGGGAAAGCUUACUGGAAGAAGAUCUACGAGGCCAGCAUGUUCAGAAGUUCUGUGGGCAAAGGCCCCGGUGGUCCCAAGGAGGGAAUCCAGUACACCAAUGAGGCUUUUGAGAGAGACGAAGACAAAGGUAGUUUGGACUCCGGAGGCUCGCAGGUAGAUGUAAAAACAGCACCGGCGUGGGACAUCCCACCAAGGUCCUCUGAAGUCCUCAACGCCAGGCAGCUGCCCGACGAUGCCAGCGACACCAGUUCUAACACGGCCGACAAAGAAGUGAAGCCCAUCCUGACCAAAGAGAGGCGCACCGAGGAGGGAUACAAGUCCGUCUGGUUCAAGGAGGACAUUGACCCCAAUGCCAAGGAGGAGGUGGUGAUUAUUCCAGACAGCAGGGAGGAGGACAGCGAGGAGGACGAGGAGCCCUCGUCCAGCGGCAGGGAGGAUCAAGACCACAAUCUAAAACGCUCUAAAGUUGGUUUUUCUGAGACAGAUCUGGACAGUGGCCUUGGGGUAAAGAUAGACGACCCGGCAGAGGACUCCGACUACGACCGAGGUUUGAACAUUGAUCUGUGAAAGAAGGCAACAUAAUAGAAACCAAAAUCGAGAGCGAGAGGAACCAAAGAUGAUGACAGAACAGGAACCAAAAAAUUAUUCAGGUUUCCAUUAGUAGGUGAAAGCUAGGAGACUGGAACCAGGUUGACCUCCUCAACUGCUCUUUCAGCUGUUGUGUCUUCAUAACCACAUUGAACCCACUUGGAUCCAGAUUUUUGCUAGUAAUUGAUAACAAAUAAUUAGCUUUGAACAGCUUCACUGUACCAUAAUUGUGUCCAUAUAAAGAACAUUCAUAAAGGAAAUUAUUUAAUUAUAUUACAUCUCAAAAUGUUUAUAAGUGAGAAGAGAUUUGAAUUCAAAUGUUUAGCUUUUAUUUUUGUAAAUAUGAUGAAACUGUUGUAAAAUAGUAUGAUUAUAGAAAUCUAAACUGUGAGAAAAGUUUUCUGUUUUUGGUUCCUGCUGGUGAUUCAGAGCUACUUUGUUGUCAGUAAUCAUGUCUCUCGCUGAUGGAAAUAAACACGAUUUAUGAUUCA